AUGGCUCUCUUUACCGAGGCCUUCGCCAUCGGGGCGGUGCCGCAAGUGGCUCCUGUUGCCAGGCUCGCCUCGAAGCCGGAACGACUGGCACCGGAGCUUCGAGAGCGAGGCUCUUCGUCGGCAAUGGUCGCCGCCGCCGCAGCUUUGGUGGUGGGUGUCGUGUCGAAGAGGCGGCCUGUGGAAACACGCAUGGCGGCAGUGGCGAUGCGGGGCAAGAUGGUGGCGCCCAGCAAGAUCGUUUUGGCGGCGAAAGCCACCACCCAGGAGCACGCAGAGGUUGCCAAAGAGAUGGUCUCCGACAAGCCGGAGCAGAGGCCACAGGUCGGCCCAGCCGAGGAGCCCAAGGGCCGGCAGAACAUGGUGAUGGCUGCAGGCUUCCUGGCUGCUGCAGCAGCUGCGGUCAUGGCCGCGAACCCCGCCCUCGCACAGGACGUUCAGGAGGCAGCCUCUGCCGUGGCCGACGCCGCUGCCGAUGCAGGCGCGGAUGACGCCGAAGAGGUCGUUGGCACUGUUGCCAACAGCGGUGGGGAUCUGUUCGAGCCUCUGGUCCAGUUUAACGCUGGCAUCAUUGCCGGAAUUGACAACGUCGUCGAGGAGCAGCUGAAAAUUCCAAACAGCUUCGGUUUCGCGAUCAUUUUCUAUACGCUCUUGAUCAAGUUGCUCACGUUUCCCCUGAACCAGACAUCACUGCGUUCCUCUGCAAUCAUGCAGCUCAUUCGGCCAAAGGUGGAGCAGAUUCAGCGGAAGUACAAGAGUGACCAGGAGACGCAGAACCGCAUGCUGCUUCGUCUCUACGACGACUGUGGGGUGAACCCUCUGGGAGGGUGCAUUCCGUCCGUGGUCCAGAUUCCUAUCUUCAUCGGCCUUUACCGAUCGAUCCUGAAGUUGGCGGAGAUCAACCCAAAGUUCAAGGAGCCCUUCCUGUGGAUUCCCUCCCUGGCCGGGCCCGUGACGGGUAGCCCCAGCUUGGAGUGGCUCACCAGCUCGCAGUCACAGACGGAGUACAUCCCAAGUCUGGGCUGGGAGGAGACCGGGCGUUACCUGAUCCUCCCACUGACUCUAAUCGCCAGUCAGGUCAUCACCCAGAGGAUCAGCAAUCCGGAAGUCGGCAACCAGGGUGGUCCGGCACAGAUCGUGAAUGCCGUCAUCCCGCUGGUGAUCGGCUACACGAGCCUGGUGAGCCCACAGGGCCUCGGGAUCUAUUGGCUUUGCAACAAUCUGGUGACCAACGGCCAGACCUUCUUCAUUAAGAAUCAGCUGGGCGAGGAAUUCCCGGAGUACCGCAAGUACCUGGAUGGCACCCUGCAGACGGACCCUGGGGUGACGGGGUGGCUUCCGCCCCUUUCUCUUUCCUUUCUCUCCUCUGCUCACUCUGGCCACCCUGCACUCCCAACCAAGGGCUUGCUCCUUUCCCUUUCUCUUCUGCCGCGAUUGCUGUACACGGGGGACGGCAAGUGUGCGCUGUACAUCGCGGGGGUUGUUCUGGGCGAGUACGUCGAGAGUGCAGCCCAACGUGAUCCCUCUUCGAGGCGUGCGGGGGAGCUUGACUUCAACUACCACACCGGCUUGGCGGCCCUACAGGUGUACUACCCGCACGUACACUAG